CGUAACGUCAACGCCAGACCUCGUCAGAUCGUGAAUCAUGGAAGAACACUCCACCGACGAUAGAAAGAGCUGAGGACCCCAAUCAACCCUCGAUGAUGGCUACGAAGUCCAACUUCAAGCGGGCGCUGCCUCAGGGGCCUGUCCUCAGCUCGGUGCGGUCCACGCGGAUAGUUGACGACUCCAAAGCUAUUCUGCCUGCAGAGUUGAUCAACACAAUUCUCGAUUACCUUCCUGUCCCCGACAUUUUUAGCUUUGCGCGAACGUCGAAGCGCAUGCAGGAGAUGGUUUACGAUGACACACGAUGGAUACAAAGAUUGAAUAGCAUGGGUUGCUGGAACGAAACAGAGGCUAGGCAGAGGUUUGAAGAAACCAUGCGAAGAAAAUUGGAGGCACAGAGGGCAGAAGAAGCACGAAAGGCAGGUGUGGCAUUCAACGGCAGCGCAAAGGGAAUACCGCCAGGAGGAGAUGAAGGCCAGCGCAAGAUCAGCGUGACACUGUUCGACGCCACACUAGAGGAAGAGAUGCAACGGAAAUCUGUGGAAUACAAAGCUCGACCACGGACAUCAACGUUGGACAAAGGCUUCAACGAUAUGACGUUGUCGUCCUCUGGAACCUCAGGCCCGCCUCGAGUAGCUGCGAUGGACCCACAAGCUGCUCUGAAGGUUCUAUCGAAAGUACGCUCCAUAAGAGGCAUGGCACGGCAAGAGUACGGGAAAGUCUAUGGAGCAUUGGCACCAUAUUACUUCGACCUAGCAAGGUCGAGGAGUCAUGCAGACCCUAUACUUUUCCGGACAUACCGCGAUCCCGAGCAACAAGCGCUCAUACUGUCACAGCUCAAGACGUUUGCGAAAAGCGAUUACGCACAGGGCUGGAACCAGCGCGAGGAGAAGCUGGAUACCAUGACAGGCAUCUUCGAAAAUGCUGUGCUUCGGGAGUUCGAGCAAGGACACGAGGAGAAGGACUUUGAUGGUCGCAUGAAGAGGUUUGCCUCAGUAUUAGUCGCUUUGAACGGCGGUGCAGCAUGUUUAGACCUAUUCAUCCACAAUCACCCGCUGAUGCUAGAGAAGGAUAAGUUAGGAAGUCCCAUGGACUGUUUACAGCAACACGGCUCCAAUCAGUUAAAUCUGGAGCCAUCGCAUGAAUUCUUCCGAGGGUUAGCAAUAGCUCUGAACGAUGAAGCGGCCAUCAUCGAUCGCGUAUUUCCGCCCACUGUCGAUGUGCUACAACCUUUUCUCGAGCGUGUCGUAGAAGAUGUCAUCUCAGAGUAUCUGACUACUUUACUUGACGAAGCGCACGAUAUCAGUAUAGAAGUUUACCUAAAGGCUGUCGUGGGUGUCUUCGACCAAGCACUGCAACUCGCAGUCUCUCUACAGCCUACAAAGGGUUCGAAGUCGAACUUCCAGGACGAGUCGAUGCGCACCAUCUCUCACUGCUUCGAGCAGCAUAUUGACCUCUAUCUACAAGAAGAGUUGGACUUUUUCAAACGAAACUCAGCCGCCGAGGUCGAUGUCUGGGAAAAGCGGUUAACAGACGAGGAGCAAGCUACAGAAACACUAUACAUGUCGAAUGUCAAUCGGAAGGCAGCGAAGCAAGAUUUCCUUUCGUCGUUCAAGAAGGUCGUCAUGAUGCCUGUCAAUGUGCUCCCCACGAUGGGUAGUUACAAUGCCAGUAAAUCAACUGUGGCAGCACCUGGCGUGACUGGCAUUAGUACUCUGGAACCAACUCCUCCAUCUGACGGGCAAACGCCCUCGCCACGGCUAGAAGCCCCGAGAACAGAACUUGCUGCAAAGGCAGCGAUCAUGAAUUCUCGGUUGGAGGGCAUUCGGUCACUUUUCAGCAUUGAAGUUGCAUUGAACCUCACGCACAAGGCGAAGUCGAGCCUCGAGCGAGCAGCACGGUUCGUCCGGCUUGGUGGGCAGUCGGGAGAAGAGGCAAGAGAGCUGUGUGAACAGGUGUUCAUCUAUCUAGUUCAGAUUCUUGGAAAUCGGCAUAUGAAGCUCGGUCUUGACAAAGCCGUCAGCCAUCUUGCAGAAUACCGACCUAGAGAAGUGGCAGAUCACAGCAAAGAAGGCGUAGCGCCACUCGUGGCUUUUUUGGAACUUGUCAAUGUCGGAGAUCUGAUUCAACAGAUGGUCGAAGUGUUCUAUUUCCAGGAGCUCGUCGCUGCCAACCUCACCGACCGCGACGACUUCCUCAGUCUUGCAGCAAAAGAGAGGAAGAGGUUCGAGGCGAUGCUGGAUGAGCGGGUCGCUGCAGGUCUCAACAAGGGUAUCGACGUGCUCAUGGACGAAGUGGAGUAUUUGUGUGGGACUACUCAGCAACCCUCAGAUUUCAACCCUCCCGUGGGUCAUAACGGAGCUGUACAAGUCUUUGAUAUUGGGCCCAGCCCCACUGCAACAAAGAUUGUGGACAUUGUGUCGUCGCACACAAGCAUGUUGGUUGGUAGUACCGACAAGAACGUGCUCGAUGUUUUUAACCAGGAGGUUGGCGUGCGCUUGUUCGCCGCGCUCUGCAAGCAUCUCAAGCGGCAAAGAGUCAGCGUGGACGGUGCGAUUAAGCUCAUCAGCGAUAUGAACGCGUACAACGCCUACAUUGUCUCCCUGCGCAACAAGUCACUCAUGCAGUACUUUGCCGCGCUACGUGAACUCUCACAAAUAUACCUGAUUGACGCCAAGGACGCGAAGGAGAUUGCGACUAUUAUUGCAGACACGGAUCGGUAUCAUGGCAUCUUCCGGUCAGAGGAAGUGUAUGAGUAUGCAGAGAGGAGGGCGGACUGGUAUCAGAUCAAGAGCGCGGUGGAGAAGCAAAUGUAUGGUGUUGGAUGUUUGGUUAUGUAGGGUUGACUAGCGCUUUGCGAUGCGUAUGCAGGGUUCCGAUGCAGCAACCAUGGCGAAAUUGCAUACGAGUACCAGUUCGAGGUCAUUUUCAUAGUGCGUUUGACUUUGACAAAGACGUGUGGUUUUACCAA